UGGCACUGCGGCGGUUACCCGGAUUGAUCUCGAACACCUCAAAAUCAAGCUCCUUUGCGGCCGCGUAAAUGGAUGCAGUCUUUCCAGAUCCGGAAGGGCCACUUAGAAGUAUAGCAUUAGACACGCGCCCCUUUUCUAGAGUUAGAUCGCCAGACCGGAUAAGUGUUCUCUUGGACGACACUGUUACACCACCCGCUAGCUCAUCUUCUGAUUCAUCGACUUCGCCCAGUUCAGAUGCCUCGUCUGCACUGGAAACGAUGAAUCCAUCUAGAUUUUCCGUUUUCUUGCGCUUCUUUCGUUUCUUUUUGUCCAAGUUUCGUUUGGCCUCUCCAUCUUUGGAGGCUUUACCUGUGUCGACAGCAGACACCAUAAGGAAUCUCAGCCAAUCCCGCAGCAUGGAAGCUUCCCUGGUUGUCUGGAGCACUUGCCCAGCUGAGGAUGGUGCAUACUUUUGUGUCCAGAGACAAUUGUCGCACUCCCCACGGUCGAAAGCAGUCAUCGAAUUUGGUAUAGAGGUGUAUAGUUUGGCAAUAGCCGGAUGACAUGUAUCACUGAGAGUGUAGCUAUCUGGAUUCGAUAAGGUAGACUGGGAUAACUGUCCGGCUAUUGCUUUUUGUAGGAUGUUCCCGCUAGCAACAUGUCUCUUAGGUAUUCGUAAGAUUUUGGCAGGCUCCUGACAAAAUCCUUGCAUCUCCGGCGACAGCACGCUCUCUUUGUUUUGAAUGCUAAUAGCAACCAUCUUGGACUUCUUUCGAUCCAUAUUUGGUGAAUACUGAAAAUCAGGUUGUCCUGCUUGGCUUCCACGGACAUGGACAAAAUCUCGUGGAGGCCAUACGGGCUGCAUAGGUUCUGGAAACUUAGAACCUCGCUGUGUAAAGGGGGUGCUUAUGGUAGUCUUAGUGACUCCUAAACUUGAUGUUGAAGACUUGUGAGACGGUAGUGGGGCCUUCAUGACCCCUUCGUCCCCUUUAUCGACCGCUGUUGAAUUUUGGUUGCUAACCUGGGAUUGCGAGGCAUCUGAUUUGCGCGUCGCUUUCUUUAAAAAGAAUGGAUGUGUAGGUUUUGCCGGUUCGUCUUUAGCUGCAGGACGAGCAGGUGACUGACGUUUAACGGGAGGCCCG